CAGUCGGCUCUCGUCCCGCCCUCAGCGAGCCGCUAGAUUUGCAACCCUAGGCCCGCUGAGGGCGCCUCUCUUCCUCCGUCAUGGCAUCUACUUUGAAUGUCAAGGAAUCCAGAUCAUCUGAGAGAACAAUUACAGUUGCUGGUCUUCCGGUUGGCCUAUUUGAUAAUCACUUACUGAUUACUUUAGUGAAGAGUCACUUCCAAGAUAUUAAGAAUGAGGGUGGAGUUGUAGAAGAUGUAAUAUAUCCAACAAGAACCAAGGGAGUGGCAUAUGUGACAUUCAGAGAAAAAAGAGUUGCAGAGAAUAUUAUUAGAAAAAAGAAGCAUCAUCUAGCAAAGAAGAUUGGAUCUGCUCAACUCACAAUCUCUCAUUUUGGUGAAAAGGUUUUUAGCUCUGUAAAUGUGACCCUUGAUCUUUCAGUUUUUCGGAGUCAGCACAGCCUAGAAAGCCUGGUAAAGGGCUUGAAAAGGAAAAUUCCAACUUUAUGCUUCGGUCCUUUGACAUCCAGUGGAAGAAUCUCCAUUCAAGGAUCAUUUCUGGAUUUCAAAAGACUCAAAGAAACUUUGUUACUAAAAGCAAGUUCUCUUUUAGAAGAAAACAGGAAUUUUAUCAGUGAGGGGGAAAAGUGGAAGGGAGAGAGCCCCAAAAGGAGUCUACAGAGAAGUAAUACAUCUCUGGAGUCACCUGGACCAUCAGUCCCUGAAACUACCAGACAUGGAGUAACGCUUGUUCUUGACACAGAUAUUUUUCUUUAUUUGAAAAAUAAGCACAGAUUUUAUGAAAGCACAUUAAAAAAAUUUCAUAUGCAAUGUAAGGAAAUAAUAGAUGGUGAAAUUACCACAAUUUGUAUAAAAAGUACACAAGAUGAUUCUGAAUCAAACAAUGAAAAACAGGUGAAAAAGCUCAUUGAAAGACUUUCACAUGAUCUUCACUUUAAGCUUAGAAAAGAGACAUUUAUUUUGGAAGGAAAGGAAGCUAGAGAAAAAAGAAGUAUCAAAUUAGCAUGUGAACAGCUACAAUCGAGGUACUUUGAGGUUCUAACUAAUUUUUAUAAGACACACAUUGACAUUAUAGGAUCUUCUUCUGACAUUUACUUGUUUAAAAAAGAGGUCAUGAAAUUACUAGGUCAAAAGGUUAGGUUAUAAAAGCCCAGUGAUAGCAAUGAUUGUGGCUGCUGCUUUCCCUUAUUAAUUGAUCAGUGAUGAUAGCAUGUAUUAUAUUAGGUUUGCUCACAUGAUCUCAUUUAAUCCUUCAUUAUUGGCAUUGAUAUUGUUAUAUUAUAGAGGAACACAGUAGAACCUAAUAUAUUAAAAACUUGUUUGAGGUUUUCCAGCUAGAAAAUGAUGGACUGUGUUUAAACCUAGUUGAUUUGAAUACAAAGAUGACAUAUAAGGUAUGAAAAUUUGAAGACAUCUCACUAAACUGUGACAAAAUCUCACUUUCGCUACAGCUUUGAAUUUUCAGAAACAAAAACUAGUGAAUUACACAUAUCUUGGCACCAUAGGUGCCCUCUGUGGCUAAUAUAAAAAAAGAAAAACUUAAUCUCAAAAUCAUUGACAAGAUUGUGAUAAUUGAACUGUUUAAUCAGUAAAAAGGUGUAGGAAAAUCUCUGUAUGUGUUGUCAUUUUUCUUAGUCAUUUAAAUUCCAAAUAUGCAAGCAAGUUUCAUUUCUUUAAAUACAAUUCUUUAUUUUUUGUAUCAGCGAACACUUUUUUGUAUUGUCCUGGAAACUGCUGUUCAUAUCAAGUGUCUGAAAAAUUUCCUUUUAUUUAAAAAGACAUUUCAUUUUUAUAUCAUUAUUAGUUUUGUAUUAGUGUAUGUUCAUUCAGGAGAUAGAUAUCACAUAAAUGAAAAAGAACUAUGUUACAAUGUAAUGAGGAAUUGGUUAAUAAGUAAAAACAGAGUAAGGAAACCUUUACUGAAAUUGGAGUUGGGAAGACCUGUAGAGGGAGCUAUUAUACAUUAUUACACCAUUAUUUCAUGGGCUCACCUACUUAUUGCAUAUCCUAAUGUUAGGCUAUCCUUAUGUUCCCAAAAAUGACAUUACUGAUGGCUCAAGGAAGAUGUAUCCUGUCCUGCAAUAGCUCUGCUAAUGAGAAGUGCUACUGCACAAUCAAAGAGAAGCUGUCACUUCCCCGGGGUACUUACUUUCAUUCUAUGAAUUCUUGUUCAGGACAGCCUUUCCUGCUGCCCCCUUUUCUAUGUGAACAGGCACCCCAAUAUUUGUUUAUUUAUUUAUGGUCUGCCCCAGCAUGCAUGUUAUGAAUUUCGAUUCUUUGGCUAUUUCUAAACAGAUUAACUAUUUUUGUUUGAGUUGACUUAGAAUAUGAAGA